AUCCCUAGUCGUUCCCAAAUCGCGCCGCCUUCUGCUAUCCCAUCCGGAUCUCUUCACCUCCUCCGCUUCCUUCCUCGCCCUUCACGGCCAUGGAUGUUUCCUCCUGCGUUCCACCUUCUCUGCCCGAGUCCGCGGCCGCGGCCGCCGCCGCCGCUGCCGCCUCCUCAGCCUUGGUCCUCCUCGACAGGUGGAGCUACAUCGGCGACCUCCCAAACAACACCACCGCCGAGAGCACCAUGAGCAGCGGCUUGCCUAUAAAGGUGACCUUCCACGCCGCCCGCCCGCCACAUCUCUCCCACUUUUUUGUCCACUGCCCUGGCCUCGACUUGAGCAGGAUAGGGGCCAAGAUUGUCGCCACCGACGCACAUCUCGUCCUCCUCCGCGUUCCCAUCGACCCCGACAGGACCACCGGAGCAUUGGACUGGGACUACUUCCUCUACAGCCCGCGCGCCCAGCGGCUAGAUCUGCUACCAAACCCGGACCCCAUCAGGUGCCUCAACGACGACGCAACUGCCCUCAUUAGCCGCAAAGAUGGCGCUGGGUAUGCCGUCGCUGCCCUCGGUGAUUGUAAGCCCAUCUACGAUGGCGACGAGCACCUCAUUAGGUGUGAGUUCAACCUCCACCUCUAUAGACCCUCCUCAAAAUCUAAAGCUUGGAUCUCCAAGCGCUUGUCAGUGAAUGGGUUGGAGAGGGACAAGCUCAUCCCUCUACCUGGAGCAGUCGACAGGCUGUACCACGAGACGGGGAAGACCAUCACAAUUGGUGGUGAGCAUGGCACGGUCGCCUGGGUGGACCUCUGGCGUGGCAUCUUCUUUUGUGAUGUGCUCAAGAAACGCCCACUCCUCCAGGAUGUUCCACUGCCGGUGCCAGCAAGGUCUAGCUGGGAUCGCCUCCUCAGAAAUGGUAACCCCAGCUACUUGCGGGACGUAACUAUCAGCCAAAACAAAGACUCGAUCAAGUAUGUUGAGUUGGAAUUCCGGUCACGACAAGUGCUCAACGCCGCAGCCACCACCCCUGUUUCCUACACUGACUGGGUGAGGAAUAACACAACAAGGAAAUCUCAGUCUCAGGUCAUCCGUGAUGGCUGGAAGUCCACAACAUGGAACGUGGCAAUACCGGUUGGUGGUUUGUACGAGGGCUGGCACCCUGACUGUGUAUUUGACGUUAAAGACGUCAGCUUGGAGCCAUGUCUUUCUGAUUGGAUGACUAUGCUGAGCAGCAAGACCAUGCAGGAACUUCAAGUGGCGUACCCCAUCCUAAGCAUGGGUGAUGAUGUCGUUUACUUGCUCUCUCACAACUUGGGAGUGAUGUUUGCCUUUGAUGUGAGGAAGUCAACAUUGCAAGGAUUGGCUGAGGUUGAUGUGCACAAGUUCAUUUUUGAUUCCAGCUUCUGCACUAGCGAGAUCUGCAGGGGUACCUGAGCAAUAUUAAGGUAACUUAAUAUUGGCCAGAACUAGUUACUGUAGGAACUACCAAUUUAUCUUAAUAUCUUUCUGAGCCCCAAGCCUUAUGUAAUCAGUUUACAUAUUUGAGGAUGAUGCUUGGUUGUGAUUUUCUUUCUAUUGUUAUUCAUGACCAUGGCUAGAGAUUGGAAUGUUCUUAACUGGAAUAUAAGAAGUGUCAAUGAUCCUAA